AUGAUGUAUGUUGCAGUUGAUUACAGCAAAUACCGGCCACUAUACAGAGCUAUAUUGGCAGCAAAUUGGGAUGAAGCUCAAAUAUUCUUCAACCUAGACCCCGCAGCAAUUCAAUCUCCACUUAACGGCUACUUAGACACUGCAUUGCAUGUUGGUGCUAAAGCAGGCAAUGCCUCCUUUAUGGAAAAUCUUGUAGCAUUAUUGUUGGAAGAUGAAGAAGUAGAAGCGAUUGGCCCCAGAGACAACGAUGGGAACACCCCACUUCACCUCGCUGCUAUGAAUGGAAACAUUGAGGUGGCUCAUAUCCUUGUUCGCAGGAAUUCUAAUCUCCUCUAUCUUCACAACAACUAUGGUGUUUUCCCCAUCCAAUCUGCAGCUAUGAAUAAUCGCAAAAGCAAGGACGCCUUUCUGUAUUUCCUUCGUCUCACUAGGGAUGAUGAAUACGGCCACCCUAAUCCAUAUGCAGGCCCAACUGGUGUCAAGAUUCUUGUUAACUUAAUCGAAUAUAAAUUCUAUGAUUUGGCUCUGGAGUUGGUUGUAAGGUACCCUAAUUUGGCCCAUCAUCAGAGCUUAGCUAGCAAUGUAUCAGCUUUGGAUGCCAUAGUUCUUAAUGAUUGUUCCAUUGUUAACAAGCACAGUCUAAACUUUUGGCAAAGUUUCAUAUACUACUGUGUUUCUAAGGCCGAGUCAACAACAUCUACACCAAUUUUUCACCUCAUCACCUCACUACUACCAUGGCUGGUAGGGAAGAGCAUAGUAAACAAAAUGGUGUUGCACCACCAAGCUGUGAAGCUUCUUAAAUGCUUGUGCGAUCAACUCAAAACCCUAAAUGAUACACAAGUGAUCUCACUAACAGAAGAAGCACUCUUUGAUGCAACGAGUUUAGACAUUUGGCAAGUCAUCCUAAAUAUUGCAGAAGCAUAUCCUAUGUCGGUUUAUUUCGAGAACUCCAAGGGGCAGAAUAUACUUCACCAUGCAGUAAUGAACCGUAGCAAAAAUGUUUUUAACCUUGUUUGUGGAACCAAUGUGCUUAGGAGUAAUUUACCUAAUUUUUCGGACAUAAAUGGUGAUAGUGUUUUGCAUUUGGCUGGGAAAUUGGCACCUCCACACAAACUAAAUCUUGUUUCUGGUGCAGCUCUUCAAAUGCAACGAGAGCUUCAAUGGUUUAAGGAAGUGAAAAAAAUCACAUCAUUUUAUUACUUGUCACAUCGGAAUAAUGAUGACAAAACUCCGAGUAUGGUCUUUACGGAGGAGCACAAGGAGUUAAAAGAGGCAGGGGAGAAAUGGAUGAAAGACACAGCAAAUUCAUGCACAAUUACAGCAGCCCUCAUUGUUACUGUAGUCUUUGCAGCAGCCAUUACAGUUCCUGGUGGCAAUGGUGGAAAUGGCCUCCCAUUCUUCUCCAACAAAAAUGCUUUCACAGUAUUUGCCAUCUCAAAUGCUGCAUCUCUCUUCACAUCCGCCACUUCCUUGCUCGUCUUCUUGUCCAUCCUAACUUCGCGCUAUGCAGAACAAGACUUCCUAUAUGCUCUUCCCAAGAGAUUAAUCAUAGGCCUCUUGACCUUGUUUUUGUCCGUAAUAUUUAUGAUGAUUGCCUUCUCCGCCACGGUGUAUCUCGUAUUUGGGAAUAAUAGAACGGAAGUUCUUAUUAUGGUGGCUGGAUUUGCAUGUUUGCCGGUCACUUCAUUUGUGCUUCUUCAAUUCCCUCUGCUGGUAGAUUUGGUGUCAUCUACGUACGGACGGGGCAUUUUCUAUCAGCGUGGCUUUCCCCAGCUCCCAUAUUGACUCGCAUGCCACUCAUAAUUAAUUAGUUGAUGAUAGGCAAACUCUAGACUUUGUAAUGCUUUCAU